GUGGGUUUGGGUGGGUGUGGGUGUGGGUGUGGGUGUGGGUGUGGGUGUGGGUGUGGGGUGUGGGUGUGAUUGUGGGUGGGUGUGGGUGUGGGGUGUGGGUUUGGAUAUGGGUGUGGGUGUAGCUGUUCAUAUUCUCUUCAUCCACACUGGCAUCAACACCCACACCCUAAAGAUGUUACUCUGUCAAAGAAGAGAAAAUCUCUUUUUCCUACAACUGAUAAGAGAAAAUGAAUUCUUUUACAUGUGUGGUAAAUAAAUAACCGUUCAUGGAAUACUUUUGAGAAGAAAUUAAAUUAAGACUGAGGGCUUCUCUUCAACUCUUUUUCGAGUUAAAUACAUGUUUUACAUGAUGAUUAAGUUAAUAAUUUACUGUUUAUUAAACGAAAUAUGCAAACAUUGAAAAAAAUUUAUUCUCCAUUAAUUGAACAAGAUGAAAAACGAAAAAUUAAUUUAACUUUAACUAAACAACAAAAACAAACAACAGAAUUAAGUUGUUGA